CUCUGUCCUCAGGGCUGCAGGCUGGAUGUGGUGGUGGGGGCCAUGGGCAGAGGCCACCCAGGCAGAGGCUGGCUGAGGCUCCUCCUCUAGGAGGCCACCGUCCCCUCCUGUCCCCUUCCCGUGGGCCUCCUCCUGUGGGCUCUUAGUUCCUCAGAGAGGAGCUCUGGGGGCAGACUUCCCCUGCGGCCCUGAGCCCUGGGCGACAUGCUGCUGCUGCUGCUGCUGCUGCCCCUGCUGCAGGGCUGUGUGUGGGUGGAGGGCCAGGGGGGUUACGACCUGCAGGAUUACACCCUGAAGGUGCCCAGGGAGGUGACAGUGCAGGAGGGCCUGUGUGUCCAUGUGCCCUGCCAAUUCUCCUACCCCUGGAGCCGCUGGACUAAAAGGGACCCAGCUCAUGGCUACUGGUUCCGGGGACGGGACACAAUGACGGAUGCCCCAGUGGCCACCAACAACCGUGACAGGAAGGUGCGGAAGGAGACCCAGGGCCGCUUCCACCUCCUUGGGGACCCAAGAACCGACAACUGCUCCCUGAGCAUCAGAGACGCCAGGAAGACAGACACGGGGACAUACUACUUUCGGGUGGAGAGAGGAGGCUUGAGAUACAAUUACCUAUAUGACAUGGUCUCAGUGCGUGUGACAGCCCUGACCCACACCCCUGACAUCCUCGUCCCUGGGACCCUGGAGUCUGGCCGUCCCAGCAACCUGACCUGCUCUGUGCCCUGGGCCUGUGAGCAGGGGACGCCCCCCACCUUCUCCUGGGUAGGGCCCUCUGUGUCCUCCCUGGACCCCAGGACCACCCACUCCUCGGUGCUCACCCUCACCCCACGGCCCCAGGACCAUGGCACCAACCUCACCUGCCAGGUGACCCUGCCUGGAGCCCGUGUGACCAGGACAAAGACCGUCCACCUGAACAUCUCAUACUCUCCACAGAACCUGACUGUAACUGUGUCCCGAGGAGCUGGCCCAGAAUCCACAACCCUGGGGAAUGGCUCAUCUCUUUCCGUCCUGGAGGGUCAAUCUCUGCGUCUGCUCUGUGUCGUGGACAGCCGUCCCCCUGCCAGGCUGAGCUGGUCCUGGGGGAACCUGACCCUGUGUCCCUCGCAGACCAUGGACCCUGGGGUGCUGGAGCUGUCUGCAGAGCACCUCAGGGGUGGAGGGGAAUUCACCUGCCGUGCGCAGAACCCACUGGGCUCCCAGCACAUCUCCCUGAGCCUGUCACCGCAGAAGCGCGCUCCUACAGGAAGAGGUCCACCAGGCCAGUGGCAGGCUCAGGGGAUACCAAGGCUGUCCAGGACCCGGCGGCCUCUCAGAGCCGCCUGGUUGAGUCCCAGGCAAAGGAACGCUCCCCAGAUCCAGGUCCCCUGGCCGUGGCCACCCGCCCCUCAGAGGAUGAGGAGAUCCUUUAUGCAGCCCUCAGGUUUCAUGAGGUGAAGGCCAGCGACCCACAGGGAGAGCAGGCCCCCGACAGUGAGUACGCGGAGAUCCACAUCCAGCCAUGAGAGACUGAGACCGGCCCCGGCUCAAGGAGGCGCAGCCUCUUCCAGGGCAAGGAAAAGUCAGGUCCCUGCAGAGGGACGCCUCUAGGUCCUGGCGCCACGCACAACUGGAACCCAGACCUAUUCCCAGCUGCGCUCCGUGCUGUGGCCACCUCCUCUCUCCCCGCCACCUGCCCACCCAGGGCCUCCGCUCUCCUCUCGCUCCUGAGCUCAACUCUUUCUGACUCCACUGCAGUGAGAUCCUGCUGUGCUUCUCUCUGGGCCUGUGUCAUCCACCACACUGUCCUGCAGGUCACCCAGGUGUCCCCAAGGACAGAACAUCACACUGUAUAUUGCAAGAGAGGAGUGUGGUUGGUGGUGCUGGGGAUGGACCCCAGGGCCCUGUGCCCGUGAGGCAAGCACUCUACCAACUGGGCCAUGUCCCCGGGCCUCAAGGGAGGAUUUUCAAUGUCCUCACCACAAGGGAAUGAAGGGUGUCACAGGUGAUGGAUGGCUGAUUGGCCCAGUGUGUCAGUCCUCAGGGUAUGAAGCUAUUGAACAUCACAUUGUCCCCGAUAAAUGCACACAGUUACCAUUUGUACAUUAACACAAAUAAAACUUUACAAAGCCCUACAGGUGAGGAAUUGAGGGGCAGAAAGUCUCUCUGGGGGCUCCUCCUCUGGAGGCAGCAGUGGGCACCUGCCUGUGCCCUUGGCCCCCACGUGGCCAUUCCACAGCUUUCCAGGAAGUGACCGUGCCUUAGGGUCAGGCCUGCGCAGCUCUGGCCCGGCCUCCUUCCCUCCUUCUGGCCUUGGCCUCCCGGCUCCCCUUACCUGUCACCUGCAUGCAGUCGGGGGCCAUCGACACAGGGAGCUCUCUCUGCUCGCAGCUCACCGUGGCUCCCUGGUCCCGAGUGGCCCAUCCCAGCCUCCUGCGGCCUCCCUCCACGCCCUCUGGGUCCUCACUGCUGCCCACGCCUCCCCUGGCCUUUCUCAGCCCUUUUCCGUUGGCCCCAUGACGCAUCCUUUGGUCCCUGGACACUGGGUCCCCCCUCGAAGGCUGUCCUCCUGGUGUCCUAUUCCUGUGAGCGUGGAGCUCCAGGGGUGGAGCUGAGAGGGAGGAAGCAGCCAUGGUCUCCCCCCUCCAGGGCCAAACCAGGGAGUGAGAAAAGUGUCCCACAGUUUGAGGGUUAUCCCCAGAAUGAACCAAUGACCUAAAGUCUUACCGACACACGUCACCCCAACAAGGGAAGGAAUGGAUCAUGGCAGUCACUUCACAAGUAGGCGGGAAGGCAAGGACCCGAGGACUAGAGGGAGCACUCAAAGCCCUAAACCUGGUCCAGCCCAUUCACAGCAGCAUCACAAAUAUCAAGAGACAAUGUAAGAUGACCACCCCACAGUGCAGAUGAAGAGACUGAGGUUCAGAGAGGCUAUGCUGCUGUCUCAGGGUUCCUGCGCUGCUUGGGGCAGGGCUGGAGUUGGAACUUCAGCCUGAUUCCGAGGUCUCUUCCUGUCUGACAUGGAAGGAGGCAGAGGGGCCACAUGUGCAGGAGACAACAUUCCUUGGUGCUUCUCAGGGAGACAGGCAGCUGCCAAGGUGAACCUGGAGACUCCUACCCACCCUCUGAGCUGCUCUUAGUCCUCCCCCGCCAUUGUUUGUUUGUUUGUUUAUUAAAUCACAGGUUGUCCUUUCCCCUGAGAUGUCCACCUUUGAUUGAGUCAGCCUGGUGAUUACAGGACGCUUGGGGGUGGCCUGGUCAACCUCAGGGUCCUCAGGCUGACGUGGUCCAUUACCUGAUCAAUAGAUAAUGCUGGGAAGUCCCCUAAAUCAUAGGUCCCUCAGAAUCGGCAUCUCCUGGCCUGAUCUGCUAAUUAACAGGGCACAAGGUCGAGCUGUAGAUCUGGGGUUGGCUGGCCCGGGAGGGAGAUGGCCUGGGAGUGACCUCCUGGGACAGUGGGUGGAGCCCAGGGGUCAGGACCUCACUCCUGCCCUUUGGGACCCUCUGCUCCCUGCGCGUCUGUCCUGUCCCACCUCCCGGGCUGUGCCCACGGGCAGCGCAGGGAGCAGUUUGCGCUGUGUUCUGAGACUCAUGCCACCGUGAGCAGCAUGUCUGUCCCUUUGUGUGGCCAGAGGGUCCCCUGGACGAGUCCACCCCGGCUCACUCACUCCCGUGCUCUUCCUCGGGGUGUGAGGGUGGCUUCAGUCAGGGGUGUAUGGAGACAGCGGCUGUGACCCUGUGUCCAGUGCUGUGGGGGGCAGGGCCACCAUGGAGGCCAUGACAGCAGAGUCCAGGGCUCCAGGGGUCCUCCCAAGUCCAUGGGGACCACCAGGAGGGAGGGAGGGAGUGGAGAGGGCUUGGGGAGCAUCAGGGUGUCUCGUCAUCCUGCUCACUGACACACACAGCUGUGGGUUGCAGCCGCCCCCAGAGACGGGAGUUCAAGUCCUGAGCCAGGCUGUGAACGUGACUUGGGAAGGAGGGUCCCCGCCCUGUCAUCAGGUUAAUAUGAGGUCCUGCUGGAUUCGAGUGACCCUAGACCCAGUGCCUAGUGUCCUUAUCCCAGGAGAAACUUUGGCAGUGACCACAGAGUCCCAUGUCCAGGCUCCAGGCUCCAGGGCCCUUUGGACAGAGACACAGGGAAGCGGCCACGUGGACAUGGAGGGCAGGAUGGACCGCAGCAACCCCGGAGCUGGAAGAAGCAGGCGGAGUCUUUCUAGAGACUUCAGAGGAGCGUGGCCAGCCACCCGUGAACUCAGACCUGGCCUCCACAGGGAGUCUGGGGCCGCCUCCCCGGGGCCUCCCUGGCCAGGCCCUGUCCUAGCUGCUGUCUUGCAGUACCCUGUGAAGGGGUGUCUGUCAGGCAGCCCCCGAGGGCAGGGACCCCUGAGCUGGCCAGGCGGCCGGCACAUGCCUGGGAUUGGCCGCUGAGGAGUGUCUGCCCCCUCCCUCCUUCCCAUCUCCUUCCCCUGAGUCUUUGUCCCUUUGUGGUGCCAUGUGAUCAGCACACUGAGUUAGACCUUUGGGGACAUUCAAAGACAGCUCAGAAGAGCCCCGAUGUCGUAUCAUGGACCCUGAGCUCAGGGCUCCUUAACUGCUCCAACUUUAUUGAAGGACCCCAAGGCCCCAGGCCCAACAUUAGGAAAACUAACCCCUGUGCCCUGAAGCUGCAAGAUGUUCCAUAUAGAUAACCCCGGAAGGGCCAAACUUGAGCAAACAGGGUAAAAACAGGAACUAAAAGGACAGGAUGCAAUUUUAUGGUUUUUCUGAGAACUAAAGUGGGAAAACAAGUUUACCCCCCUAGGUGACUCAACUGCUGAAUUCAGAGGGACCAAUAGGAAGGCUGUUGCUGUGCUAAGCUAAGACCUAACCCACCUGUUCCCUAUAAAAGAUCUAUACCCCAAAGCCCGGUGUGCCAGUUCACCGAAGCUCCGGCUGAGGUUUUGCUGUGCACCCGCAGGCGCCUGUGUGAGAAUAAACGCCUCCUGCUUUUUGCA